AGCACUCUCCCAGUGCCCUUUGUCUCCCUGACCCCCAGCGCUUCGCAUCGAGCGUUUGGUAACCUCGCAACAGGCUUUUAUUUCACCCCGACGCACCUUCAACUCUUGUGCUCGGCUAUCUCUCACUUGGCUUUCGAUCCCCACGAGGCUUCGCUCCUGGAAAACUCGCCACACCACAUCGAUAAAGUACUCUCGCUCUCGCAUCGACACCGCCCUCGCCGUGAUCCAAAACCCCUCGAAAGUCUCCCACGCUUGCAGCACCGCCAUGCCCGCCGACACCGACCACAGCACCGCCCUGAAUCAGACCCAGCUCAAGGGUCGCUCGGCCGAAGGCGUGCUCGUUAAUCUGUGCAAUGAGCACGAAAACCCAGCCCAGCCCGCGGCGGCCGAGAACAUCAACCCAGAGUCGCCUUGCCUGCCGUCGCUGCAGACCAUGCUCAGUACCGGCCAGCCGUCUUCUUCUUCCUCCUCCUCCUUCUCUGGCCGCAUGGUAACCCUGCCGCCCCUCGGUGUUUCCCACUACGGCACCCCGUCUCCCUCGCCGCCAAGUACCCCUAUGACCAAACCCCGGCUGUAUCCCCUCCAUGCUCUCACGUUCGCGGAGCCCCGGCCCAGCCAGCGGCCGACAACGGGCACUCUUCUGCGGUUCGAUUGCCACGGGACGGCAGCCGCCUCCCGACGCUCCCGAUGCUCGUCCAUGGAGCCCCUCACACCCCAGAAGAGGCUGCAGCCGCCGGCCGGAGACGAUGCACAGAGACGCUUUUCUGUCGACAGCGUCAUUGACGGCAUCGCCGACGAGCAGGCCGGGUCUACUACCCGACAGACUUCCCUGAGCUGCUCACCGCCACCCGCAGCCGGAAGCUCGGCGCUACUAAGCCUUCCCCAGGAUCUGUCCGAGUCGCUGGCAAGCACGAACGAGUCUCCGUCCAAAGAGCAAGAUGCCGAGGCAAGCGCUAGCACAAAGCGGCGGUUUCAAUGCACCUUCCAAAAUUGCCAAAAGUCGUUCAGCACAAGCGGCCACUUGUCGAGGCACCACCGUAUCCACACUGGCGUCAAGCCGUACGAGUGUCCUGUUACCGAUUGCAAGGCUCGGUUCUCUCGACAAGACAACAUGAUGCAGCACUACCGCACCCAUGUUCUCAAGGUCCAGCGCAAGGGCAGCGAGGGCUCCGGCUUGGUGCUGCAGCUCGAUCCCACGUCCGGGAGCCGGCCUGCCUUUGGAACGAUCAUGGCCGCCUCUGGUCAGGCACCAGCGACUGUUUCGGUGGUUUCCUUGGGCCCCUCCAUUCACACGCCGUCGCCCUGGCGUACUCGCUACUGCUCUCUACCCACCACCGCCGCCCCAUAUCCACACAGCAGCCCUGCCUCCAUCGCAAAACGGAGGGCCUCCUUCCCUCACAUGGCAUAUUCGAUACCCAGCUAUACCCAUCCGUACUCGCAUGCCCACAUCCCUGCGCGUGCUGUGCCCUAUCCGCAUCUCUAUCAGCAUCAUCCAGGCGGCUAUGCUGUCACUGGUCCCUCGCUGACCUCUGUCUGCCAUUGCAUGCCCGGCAGCGGCUCUCGUCGAGGCUCGGGGGCGACUCAGUGCGAUGGAGCCCACCACGAGGCCGGAUGUGGCUCGCUUGUCGUCCGACUCCCAGAUCCGGCAUCGGGUCGCUCUGCAGAAAGAUCGCCAAAGCGGCAAGCAUGAACGAAGGCGAUCGUACUUUUCUUGGGACUCUUGCAUGACUCCAAGCACAUCCUUACCACCUCUCGGCCACUCCAAGACGGCCCCAACAUCCAAUACCUCGCACUCGCUCACACUGCUCGGCUUUCGUAUUAUUCCCGCGCUCCUU